UAAAUUCUAAGAUUACAAAAUAAAACCAUAUUCUGUAUAUUAAUGCAGACAACCAAUAAGAAAAUGGAUCCAUCGAAUUCGAUUCCGGCGUUCUUUGCCGGACGGAGUAUAUUCGUGACCGGCGCCACAGGUUUUAUGGGCAAAGCAUUACUCGAAAAGUUACUUUGGUCCUGUCCUGACAUCCACGAGAUCUUUCUACUAAUGAGACCGAAAAAAAAAAUGGGAAUAGAUGAUAGGUUGAGACACAUGCUGACAUCACCUAUAUUUAUGAGAUUGCGCGAAACACGACCCAAAGCUUUAGAGAAAUUAAUUCCAAUACAAGGAGACAUAAGUGCAGAGGGUUUGGGAUUACCAUCGGUGGAAAGGCGAGUACUCAUUGAACGAGUUUCUAUUAUAUUUCACGUAGCUGCGAGCGUAAGAUUCAAUGAUCCUCUUAAAGAUGCAAUUAUUAUCAACACAAGAUCUACGAGAGAUAUAUGCAUUUUGGCAGCGAGUAUGAAAAAUUUGGUGGCACUUAUGCAUGUCAGUACUACCUAUUGUCAAUCGGACAAAUAUAUUGUCGAGGAGCAGUUAUAUCCCAGUGAAGUGGAUUGGAAAAAAAUAAUUCGUAUAACCGAAACUCUUAAUGAUUCUGUCAUAGAGCCCUUAACAUCAAAAUUGAUUGGUAAUUUUCCAAAUACAUAUACAUUCGCCAAACGAUUGGCCGAAGGAGUUGUUGCCGAUUACGCUGGCAUAUUACCAAUUAUCGUGUUUAGGCCAUCUAUAGUAAUAUCAUCGGUGGAUGAGCCUCUUGUUGGUUGGUUGGAUAAUUUCAAUGGACCUGUUGGCAUGAUGGUGGGUGCUGGAAAAGGCAUUCUUAGGGUCAUAUAUUUCGAUUCGAACACCAACGCCGACUUUAUACCUGUAGAUGUAGUUAUCAAGGCCAUGAUUACUUCUACUUGGAAACGGGGAAUCGUUACGAUUACAAGGGAUCCUAGUAUUCACGUUUAUAAUUGCUCAUCUUCUGAUAUUCGGGGUGUAAGUAUGUCAGUAAUAGUGGAUUUAGGACUCCGAUUCACCGAAAAAAUUCCCUUGGAGAACAUAUUAUGGGUUCCUCAAGUGGUCAUUGCCAGUAAUAAAUAUGUCUAUUACAUCCUCACACUAUUAUUGCAUUUAUUACCUAGUUUAGUGAUUGAUAUGUUUUUAAAAUUCGCUGGAAAAAAACCUAUGUUGUUCAAGCUACAAAAAAAGGUCUAUGCAGCUAAUAAUGCCUUACUAUACUUUUUAACAAACGAAUGGAAAUUUAAGAAUAAGAAGAUGCUCACAUUAUUAACGGAUAUUUCAGCUACAGAUGUUAAUGAUUUUGGAUUUGAUUAUGCCGCAUUUAGUGUAGAAACAUAUUUUUCGAAUUGUAUAGUUGGCGCAAAAAAAUACCUGCUUAAUGAAGACAUGAAUAAAGUAAAAGAAGCUAAAAUACACUAUGACCGAAUGUACUGGAUUGACAAAUGUUUUAAAAUUUGGAUAUUAAUAUUUGCGAUAUGGUUUGUACUUAAUUUUAACAUACUACCCACUAACACAGGUUUAUAUAUUCCAAUGAGUAAAGUGUUCCAAUAAUUAAUGGCAACAAACAAAAUGCAAUUAUUUUAUACACGAAACUGAUCAAUUCAUCAUAAUGUGGUCUUCGCAAUUCUUACAUGACGUUAACCUUUGUCUCUCGUCGAUGUUCUUACUACUCGUUCUAUUUAUCUGUCUCUAUAUAUUUUUCACGCUUUCUUUGUUUUUUAUUCAUGUUUUUUCAUU